CCCUCGGCUGCCCGCUCCCUCGCCCGAACAAUCGCACUUGGGUGUUUCUAAUUCAUCGUCAAGAUCCCACACCUUGCCCUCUAUUGCCCACUACCACAUCGAACAUCAGCCAUGGCCUCCCGCUUCUUCUCUCCCUCUACCGCCCGUCUUUUGGCUCGCCAGCCAGUCGCAGCGCCCAUGCAGCGUCUGGCCGUGCCCAAGCGAUUCAACUCGAGCAGCACCGCUUCCAUUGGAAAGGACCCCGUGCUCGAGGAACAGGCUCACGCAAAGGACCACGCUGCCAAGUCUGCUGAGCUGUGGAGGAAGUUGAGCUUCUACGUCUGUCUACCUGGAGCCGCCGUCAUUGCCGUGUACAUCUACCAGAUCGAAGCGGCCCACAUUCAGCACCGCGACCACGACAUUGCUGCCAACGGCGGUGAGCUCCCAGAGGAGGAGCCCAAGCACGAGUACCAGAACAUCCGCAAGAAGGCCUUCCCAUGGGGUCAGCAGGCCAUCUUCUUCAACCCAAAGGCAAACUACCCUUCGGAGGAGAUGUGAGGUGUGGAGAGUUUUCAUGUUGGAAUAGCAGAGGCAGACUAGGGAUGUAGAGCGGCGAAGAGACCGUCGUGCGUGCGCUUCAGGCUGGGUAGGAUGCGCAAUAGAUCGUGAUAACAUUCACAG